UUGACAUUAAGAAAUAUUCUCGUUUCGUAUCAGCGAGAAAAGUACGAUUUUUUUUUGUUGUUUCCGGAUACCAUUAGUUUAAACUAUAUAAAAUAUUAAAAUUAGUCUUUCGAAUAACGUCUAGAAAUAUGAAAGAAGCAUUUGUAAAUAUUUGCAACAUACCUACGCACAUAAUAACUUGCGGUGGAUGGGUCGAAGAGACUCUAGAUGACGUGAAAGAAGUAGCGAUAUGUAUAACAGGUAAUCCUGGAUUACCUGGAUUCUAUACGGAAUUCUGUAAUGCAUUGCAUGAGCGCUUAGAGAAAAAAAUGCCAGUAUGGGUCGUGGGUCAUUUAGGUCACGACAAUCCCCCUGAAACUAGCUUACGUGAGGUACCUCAGCUUAAGGGUAACGAAGAGCUCUUCGACUUAGAUAGCCAAGUGCGUCAUAAGAUUGAAUUUAUUGAAAAAUAUGUACCAGAGCAUACUAAAAUACAUUUAAUUGGUCACUCGAUAGGAGCAUGGAUGGUUCUGCAAAUACUGCGCAAUGAAUCCGUGCACAAACGCAUAAAGAAAUGUUAUCUGCUAUUUCCAACCAUUGAGCGGAUGAUUGAAUCACCCAAUGGCUGGGUUUUUACAAAAAUUGCUUUGCCACUGUAUUCAGUUUUUGGAUUUAUCAUUAGUUUGCUCAAUCGUUUACCCGAAAUUUUGAAAGUUUUUCUUGUGCAAAUCUACUUUUGGUUUGCCGCAAUACCAAAUUAUUUAAUUGGUACUGCACUGAAGUAUGCAAAGCCAUCGGUUGUUGAGAAAGUAGUAUUUCUCGCGGAAGAUGAAAUGGCCCGUGUACGUGCUUUGCAGAGAGACAUUAUACAAGAAAAUAUGCAUUUAUUGAAAUUUUAUUAUGGCACAACAGAUGGAUGGGUGCCUAUAAAGUAUUUCACACAACUGAAAGAGCAAUUCCCGGAUAUAGAUGCCGAUUUGGAUGUUAAAAAAAUCGAUCAUUCCUUUGUGUUGCGUUAUUCGAAACCUAUGGCGUGCAUUGUAGGAGACUUUAUUAUAGAUAAUUCCGAAAUUCUAGGUAUAACAACAAGUUAAUAAUGCUG